AUGACAUUCUGGACCAUCCCCGAGGGACUUGAGCAUCCAGGGUCCCAGUUGGUGAGCUGGAGGUUUCAUCAGAUGCUACCACGCUGCCAACACUCCAAUAAGCCAUUGGGGGACCCUCAGACGACUUUGGCCAAUGAGGCCAAGGCGGCUGGGCUUCCUGUGGAUCGAUCAUCGCUCGAUCAUGAGCUAUUGUCUCAUCGACUGAUCACGAUUUAUUGUCUGUGGCCAAAGUCUGGCUUGAAUGACACCACUUUAAUCAAUCUCAAUCCUGUGUUGCUAAUACUAUCGGCGGUUGAAGGCCCUUUGCCCCACUAUCAUCUCCCUCUCAACAAUCGAUGGGCCGUUGACGUAAUCCUGAGCUUGUGUUGGAUCCAGGUGACCGUUUGGCGCCUGGACUCAGCUGCACCGACAGCAUCCUACAGUUGUAUGGUGUGCCGGUCCCGACCAAUGGUUGAAAAGUCGGUCCACAAGCACAUGAGAUACGACAAACAUCUCACAGCACUUUCGGCUUUCUAUGCUGCUCGAGCGGCAAGCACCCUUUCACCGAGGCUCACGGUGGUUAACUCUCCAAUAGGCGAUACAAGUGACGAUCAAUUAGAAUCAAACAUCCCAGAAGUUUAUGAGGAUGCCCAGACGACGGCUGCAUGGUGCCGAUGGGAAGGCCUCGACAAUGAACCAAACGUUACCGCAGGCACAAAGGAUUUGGAUGGUAGUGAGGAAGAACUCGAGUUCUCAACGGAUUCUUGUGCAGAUUCGACUCGGCGUGGAUAUCUGUCAGACUCGGAACUGUCAGCUUACGACUCCAACAACGAGGUUGACAAUGAAGAAUGGGACUUGCCCAACAGCCCUAGCGCCGCGGAACAGCAUGGAUCAUACGCGGCCAGUCAUGACGAAGAACCUGGAGGUCACCGGCGAUAUCGUCCAGCGGCUAACCCCUGGUGGCCUUACAAGAACAAAGAGUAUCUGGUUGCGUCACUUUUGAUCGGUUACACUCACCACAUCGUUUCUCGAUCGUUGUAUGCGCAUAUCCGACUGCUGUUCAAAUUCUAUGAUAUUAUUCUACCUGACUGGACAACUAUUCGACGCGAGAAGAAAAAAACUCGCACCUUGCUUGAUUUGGAGGUCUUGCCCAGUGUGUCUGUAUUUAGCACCCCCACCUACCGCUUAAGCCUUCCAAGAAUCCUUGCCCAGGAAGUGUCCAACCCUCAAGUCAGCCCGGUCAUAGAUUACUAUCCGCAACAGGCCAAUGGUCGAAAUAUUUAUAAACUGUCUCAAUCCGCAAAGUGGCUCUCUGACUUGGAACCCACCUGCAGGGCACCAAUGUACCGAUUGUCAGGGGUUGAUUGGUAUUUGUAUGAGCCAGCUGUUGGUGAUGGAAACCAGCUCCGAAUGACCAUCCCGGCAGGUAUACCCUUUGGUUGCGAAAGGCUGAAAACCGUCAAGGUGUCUGAGUUCGAUUAUAACUAUUCUGAGAUUACAGACGCUGAAGGCCAACUGCUGGCCACUCGCUGUCGGGAGUCAAUUUUUGAAUUAGGGGAACAUCAAACAACCUGGCAUCAUCUGCCAAACCCAUGGCGUGCAAAGGCAAAUGGCCGCGUGAUAAGGCAUUUGCCAAUCAACCUUUAUUCCGACGACACCUCCGGAAACCAAUCGAAGCGUUGGAACAAACACAUAUCCUACUAUUUCACGUUGUCGGGCCUCCCACCAAGCUGGACCAACCAAAAUUACAAUUGCCACUUUCUGACGACUUCCAAUAUUGCUGGGGCCAUGGAGCUGGCUGAACCAAUAGUCGCUGACCUUCAGAUGCUUGCUUUGGAGGGUUAUCCGGCUUUUGACUGCACUCUCCAAGAAGAGGUCCUCGUGGUUUUGAACAUCAUGUGCUUUCUGGGGGAUUCGCCGAUGCACGCUGAGAUCACGAGCACACCUAAUCCUGGUAAUUCCCUCCACCCGUGCCGGGCCUGUGCUUUGUCAGCAGCCAGUGUCAAAGCAAAGGCAACACUCGACUACGUCCGCUUUUUCUUCAUGAUAGGCCCAACGGGAUCUUGGGUUAGGCAUCCUCCACGCUUGUGGGAGCAGAUCAAAACUCGGUGCUCCGAAGUGUGGACCAUGGCUAAGAAACCGAGGACCAAGACAGCCGUUGUGGUAGUCAAAAAUGUGAAGAAUUAA